AUGGAGGGAAGGCUGAAUGCUGUGGAAGGAAGAAUGGAGACCCUAGAAAUCUCUAUGGGCGGACUGGAGUCAGCAGUCCAGGAACUGGUGAGGGUGUUAGGGGAGCGAGGUCGACGGGAUGACGGCCACCUUGAUGGUAGCCAAGGAUCAGUCAAUGGGAGGAGGACUGACGAAGAAGAAAGGGUUGGAAGCGGCGUAGAGGGUGGACACCGAGAGGAGCAGCCAUCUUGGAGGAGGCGGGUCGAGUUACCCGUGUUCGAAGGAAGCGAGCCUAUGAACUGGAUUUAUAGGGCGGAUAAAUUUUUCGAACUGCAAGGGGUACCGGAGGAAGAGAAGUUGCGCCUGGCAUACAUCAGCAUGGAAGGGAUAGCGGGACACUGGUUCCGGUUUUGGAGGGAGAAAGCCAGGAACAGGUCAUGGGCCGGAUUAAAAGAGGCAUUGGUGAUACGGUUUGGAGGCAAAAAUCGAGGCACGGUCUUCGAAAGACUGGCAUCUUGUAAACAAACAGGAUCCGUGGGAGAGUAUAUCCAAGAAUUCGAGGUGUUGGUGGGCCAAGCAGAAAAAAUACCCGAGGCACAAUUAAUGGGGUAUUUCAUGGCAGGUUUACAGGAGGGGAUACGUAAUCAACUCAGAUUGCUUGAUCCCAAAGAGUUUAUGGACGUCAUGAGACUCGCAAGAGACGUGGAGGCGUUCCAGGCGGGGACAAGGGUGAGCGGAGGAAUCGUCAGCAAGGGACCAACGUGGGGAAAACCGAGCAGUGCAGUGGCAAGGGUGGAUACUAGCCGCCACAAUCAGAACCGAACGGGUACUGUGGACAAGGAAGGAGGUCCAAGACGAGAAGUUGAGCGUACAUUCUCUAACGCUCAAGGCAGGAACGUAAGGGAUUUACCAUACGCUGAGUACGUCAAACGUAGGGAGGAAGGGAAGUGUUUCAGGUGUGGAGGGCCGUUCGGUCCGGGGCAUCGCUGUCCAGAGAGGGGACUUCGGAUGUUGAUACUGGCAGAAGACGAGGAGCCCGGAGGGGAAGAAGAGGUGGAGGUUGAACUCGAACAAAUGGAGCUAUCAGCUCUUUCGGCAGGAGGGCUCACCCAGCCCAGAACGAUGAAGCUGCAUGGGCAGAUAGGGACGAAGCAGGUUUUGAUUCUCAUUGACAGUGGCGCCAGCCACAAUUUUAUAAGCAGGGACCUGGUAGAAGAAUUGGCAUUACCCGUAGUAGAUACACCACCCUAUAGGGUGAGCUUGGGAGAUGGGCAGAGAAAGGAGACGAAGGGAUGCUGUGAGGCCGUGACGAUCCACAUGGGAGCGGUUGUGAUCCAGGAACGAUUUCACCUAUUCGAGUUGGGCGGAGUGGAUGUGAUACUGGGGGUGGAAUGGUUGGCCAAGCUGGGCGAGGUAGUCAUAAAUUGGGGACAACUAACUAUGGCGUACGUACAAGCAGGACGCCAGAUGACGAUUAAGGGAGACCCAACUCUAACUAGGAGUCUGGUGGAACCCGCAGCGUUGUUAAAGAUGAAGGAAGUUGAGGUCUGGUUGCUAAUGUGGGAGCUUGGGAAGACAGAAACGGAGGAGGGGCAACGACCAUACGUCCAGGAAAAAGACACGUUUGGUCCAGAAUUGACAAGAAAGCAGACGCUCGACAUAAUGCAAAUCCUGGAACGAUACGCGGACGUUUUUCACGAGCCGAACAGCCUACCACCAGAUAGGGGAAUGACUCACCCAAUUCCCUUAAAAGAAGGUACGGAUCCCGUGAAUGUAAGGCCGUACAGAUAUCCCCAUGUGAUGAAGGGGGAGAUUGAGAAGCAGGUGGCGGAAAUGCUGAAAGCGGGCGUUAUUAGGCCAAGCAACAGUCCAUAUUCGAGCCCUGUAAUCUUGGUAAAGAAAAAAGAUGGCAGCUGGAGGUUUUGUGUGGACUACAGGGCAUUAAACCGAGCCACUGUACCUGAUAAAUUCCCUAUUCCCCUGAUAGAGGAGUUGUUAGACGAACUGAGGGGGGCCAAAUAUUUUUCAAAGGUGGAUCUGAAAUCGGGCUAUCACCAGAUACGCAUGAGAGCAGGCGACAUAGAGAAGACGGCUUUCCGGACACACCAGGGUCACUAUGAAUUCAUGGUAAUGCCGUUCGGCCUAACCAACGCACCAGCCACUUUUCAGAGUGCCAUGAACAAACUGUUGCAACCUUACCUGAGGCGAUUCGUACUGGUAUUCUUUGAUGAUAUACUGGUGUAUAGCCGCACCUGGGGGGAGCACUUGGAGCAUGUGGGGACGGUGCUAAGGGAGCUCGUGGCAAAUGGAUGGGUGGCCAACAGGAAGAAAUGUGAGUUUGGCAGAACUCAAAUAGGUUAUUUAGGCCAUAGGAUAUCCGAGGAGGGGGUAGAGAUGGACGAGGACAAGGUACGAGCUGUGCUGGAGUGGGAGAAACCGAAGACGGUGAAGGCUUUGAGGGGAUUUUUGGGGCUGACAGGAUAUUACAGGAGGUUCGUGAAGGAUUAUGGAAAGAUUGCCCGACCUCUGACCGACCUUCUUAAGAAGGGACAAUUCGCAUGGACGGAACAAGAAGAAUAAGCCAUGUUAAAUCUGAAGAAGGCAAUCACGACUGCUCCUGUAUUGAUUUUGCCUGAUUUCAACCAACCGUUUCACAUUGAGUGUGACGCAUCCGGAAGGGGAAUUGGAGCGGUACUCAUGCAAGGGAAGCAGCCCAUAGCUUUCUUUAGCAAAGCACUAUCUGAGGGUUCGUUAGGGAAGUCAAUAUAUGAAAAGGAAUUAAUGGCGCUGGUCUUAGCCAUUCAACACUGGAGGCCAUACCUAUUGGGGCAACGGUUUGUGGUUCACACUGAUCAGAGGAGUUUGAAGUACCUUUUGGAGCAACGCAUCACCACUCAGAAUCAACAGAAUUGGCUUGCAAAGCUCCUGGGAUACGACUUUGAGAUUGUGUACAAAUCAGGGGUAACCAACAAAGUGGCGGACGCCCUAUCACGCAAGGACGAGGAUGAGUUGCAGGAAGAGAAGGAAUUAACGGUGAUUGCUCGGCCGUAUUGGCAAGAUUUCAGGGAAAUAUUGGAAGAAGUAGAGGAGGAUGAGGAGCUAAGGAAGGUGAUUGACGAUUUGAAGAAAGAUCCCAACUCCCAUCCCUCGUUCACGCUAGAGAACGAACGCUUGCACUACAAAGGGAGGCUCGUGCUGUCAGCCCGGUCGGCCUGGGUGCCCAAGUUGAUAGCCGAAUUCCAUACCACACAGACUGGAGGCCACUCAGGGGUAUACCGGACGUACCGCAAGGUGGCGCAAUCUCUUUAUUGGGUAGGAAUGAAGAAAGCCGUGACCGAGUUCGUUGCCAGCUGCCUGGUCUG